GCUCGCCUCCGACAUCGGCGGCAUAGACGGCGGUUCCUUCGACGUGCUCCGAAGCCCUCGCUGCGCGGAACUUGGUGUGGCUGGGCCAAUCGGGGUAGAGGCUGCUGAUGAUCCGAAUGCAGCCAGCAGACGGGCUGGGUCUUUGCAGGGAGAUGUGCCGGAGAUUGUCGCUGCGCGCACCCCCACCCUGGCAUAUGCCCGGGCAGGCUCGUCACCUCUGGGCCCGGGCCUUGACCCGCUCGCUGCUGUCACUCACCGCAAUGACGAAGCCUGUUGGCGUGAAAUUCUCAUGCUCCCCCAAUCGGUCUUGGAUCCGCUGCGCCGUGGGGGCAAACAACACACCAAGGCAGCUGCCACGCAGCCGCCGCCAGCAAGCUCAGCGCCAGGACCUCGCCACGGUUUCGAGGGCACGGCCUGUGCUGCCCUUUUGUGCACUGGGCAGGCGCCGGACUACCUGGAGACCACUGCGACCAUUCAGCCCUCCACCCUGUGCUUGCUAGUGCCAGCUGCGCACCAAUUGCCCCCCACGCCCGAGUUGGUGCCUGACGUCGUGGCCAAAGCUUUGCGCAGCUUCAAUGGUCAACGCGGCCUCCGCCUGUCCCCUUUUGGCGAAGUUUUCCAGCGCCUGGCUGGCAAAAUGUUUGAUGUCGCGGUCCACGCCGUGCGCGCUUGGAUGGACAGACACACGGGUGGGCGCAAAAUCUUGCUGAAACUCUACUUUGAGAACGCGUUCAACUGCAUAAGCGGGAGGUGCUACUGCCCCAAUGUGUGGAAGACCAUGCCAUGGGUUGGACCGCAGGUGCAGAUCCUGCAGCCUUACAUGGAACUCCUUCAGGAGCUCUGCGUGGUCGCCCGCGGCUUCCGCGCAAUAGCCGUGCUGCACGGAAGAGCUGAGCUGGCCGCGCGUCUGCGUCCGGCACAGUGCAGUCCGCUUCCGCCAGUUUGCUCGCGACUGCACGCGUACAGCGUUGAACGCCUGCUGGCUGGGGAUAUCCCCGCGAUCGUGAGACCACUGCGGAGGUCACCGUUCGGUGAGACCUCAGGUCAAACCUCGAGUGGCACACCUUCGUCGGCCGAGGAGCCUCUGGACCUAGCGGGACGGUUCUUUACCCAGCUGGCAGCCUCGCUGCGGGUGCGAAGUCCCAACGAGGUGGGUCGCAUGUGGAAGGGGUACUUGGAGUGCGCGCUGGAUGGGCACAACCCGUGGAAGGAGCUCGGCAACACCCUUCAGCUGGGCCCACUCGGCAUAGCGAGGACGGCGGUGGUCGGCUCCGCGAGAGCUUCCGUGCGUGUAACGAAGCGAGCCCUCGGUUUUGAGAGCUGCCUCGAUUCUGAAGCCAUGGACCAGCAGUUCUGCCGCCAGGCCGAAGAGCUGGAAGCGCUGCGACAUGCUGCUGUGGGCUGUGCAAGGGAACAGGCGAGAGCUGUGCACCUGGAGACGUUGUCAGACCCAGAGGCAUUUUUGCGAUACUUAGCACACGAUCCUGUCCGAGCUUUGCGAGCCACGCCUGCUAUCAUGAAGGUCUAUCGGGAUUCUGCUGGUCCGGCGCAACGCGUUCUGCUCUUCGCCAAGCUGAUGGGUUUGUCUGCCAUGGCUGGUGGCCUUCUCUGUGGUGACCCUCGUGUUUGCAAAGCCUUUGAGGGUCCUUGGCGAGCUGGAGGGGCAUGCGGGAAUGCUUGGCACAGCUUCCGCUCCUGUUGUGAGCAGCUGGAUGAAGGGACCCUCGCGCGGAGCGAUGACUGCGAGGAGGCAGCUCUCCAAAAGCGUCCCAGAGAUGCACAUGCAGGGGAUCGAGCCUUGGCACUGCUAACGCUGAUGCGGCUUCAUUUGGCCAGAGUGCAAUUGCUGGUCACUGCGGGUUCACCCGACACCGGCAAGACCACAUUUUUUCGGGAGGUGUUUGGCCUCUCGUAUUUGAAGGCUGGCCUCUCGGAGGAGGGGCGGACGGACGAAGUGCUUUGCGCUUUGCAUCCUGACUCGGACCUGCGUUUCAGGCCUGUGUAUCUUGUCGACAUGCCGGGCUUCGGUGAUGGCACACAACUCCACCGUGCUUCCCGGAAGCCCACCGGCAUGAAGGGCAAGGUGCACGACUUGGCCACGACUCUCCAGUCCCAGAACGAGGCCUUGGGCAUCGAAAAAGGACAUGUGCACAGCAUCAAAGCGGGAAACUCGAACUCGACCAGCGGCAUGCAGUCCCAGCUGAAUGACGUGAAGCGGUACUUCGGGGCUGACAUCCAACGCAUGAUGCAAGAGUUCGAGGUGUCUCAGAAGCUGCAGGAAGCAGAGAAUGUCCGUCUACAGCAGCAGGUGACCGCUCUUAAGGGCGAGAAGACAUCUGUUCAUCAACA